AUGAUCGAGACCCUUAUCAGUCUCGCGUUCUAUGCAUCCACAGCGAUCACGUUCCUGAUCCUCCUUCUCCCAUCGCAAUACGAACCCAGACGAGCUUCAGAUUCGAAGCAGAAUGCAUCAUCCGAGCCCAAAACAAGGAUUCAGAUCCUGGUACUGGGGGAUAUUGGCCACAGCCCGCGUAUGCAGUACCAUGCGCUAAGCGUUGCCAAACACGGUGGUCAAGUCGAUAUCAUUGGGUAUCAUGAAUCAGAACUUCAUCCCGACAUAUCCUUUAACCCCCGAAUCACCAUCGUCCCAAUUCCACCGCACCCCGCGUUCCUACAAACUAGCAACAAGCUCCUCUUCCUCGUCUUCGCGCCGUUGAAAAUUAUAUUCCAAGUUCUCAGUUUGUGGAGAUGUCUCGCAUAUCAAACCGAACCGGCCAAAUGGCUCCUUGCUCAGAAUCCACCGUCGAUUCCUACACUUGCGAUUGCCUCCCUUGUCUGCUUUCUCCGUCAUACCAACUUGGUUGUGGAUUGGCAUAACUUUGGAUACUCGAUACUCGCGCUGAAGCUAGGGGAUACUCAUCCAGUGGUCCGGUUUUCGAAGCGGUUUGAGAGGGUGUUUUGCAGAUACGCCACGGCGCAUCUCUGCGUCACAGAAGCUAUGACAUCCGUCUUGAAGAGGGAUUUUGCUUUGGAAGCACCGAUCUUGCCUCUACACGAUCGGCCGGCCAGCCAUCUACAACCUAUCCACGACACGCAAGUCCGACAGGACUUCAUCAGCUCUGUACCGGAAACAAGCUCUGCCAAGUCUGUCUUGGGAACUGAAGAUUUCCGGGUUCUGGUCAGUUCCACAUCCUGGACCCCAGACGAAGACUUCUCACUCCUCAUCGACGCACUUUGCGAAUACUCCAAGUUGGCGACUACUUCUAAGCCUUCGCUACCGCCAAUCCUCACCAUUAUCACCGGUAAAGGCCCUCAAAAGGCAAUAUACUUGAAGAAGAUAUCCGAUCUCGAAAUAGCCGGACGCCUCCAAAAGGUCAGCAUCCGUACCGCGUGGCUGACCACAGAAAACUACGCCAAACUCCUCGCAUCCGCUUCGCUGGGGGUUAGCCUACACACAAGCAGCAGUGGGGUUGACCUUCCGAUGAAAGUUGUCGAUAUGUUCGGGGCUGGGUUACCAGUUGUGGGCUGGAACCGCUUCGAAGCCUGGCCGGAGCUGGUGACUGAGGGUGUCAAUGGGAGGGGGUUUGGGAGCGUGGACGAGCUUGUAGAACAGCUUGUUGAUCUCUUUGGGGAUUUGACGAAGUUAGAAAAGCUUCGUGCUGGUGCUCUUCGAGAGAGUGAGCGUCGCUGGGAUGGUGAGUGGGAUCCCGUAGCUGGAAAACUUCUAGGCUUAUUAUGA